AUGGGGCACCUGGCCUCCACCACUUUCGCAUGCGUGGGCCAGACGGCGCCUCAGGCCCAUUCAAUCGUGGUUCCUCUCCGUGUUCGACCCCGUUCGAGACGCGGCCAACAAGUUGCUCACCAUCCCGAGGACGGGUGGUACGAAGUCGAGGACUCUGCAUUGAUCACCAUCCGCAUUUGGGAAUGGUGCAUACAACACCAAGAUCCUGCUACAAUGCAUUCACCUGCCCGGCGAACAGAACAACCUGGCGGACUGUCUCAGCAGGUCACCUCCACUUGCCACGAGUGGAGGCUGCAUCCAGAAGUAGUCUCCCAACUCGUCAUCUUGGGGAACCCCCCCCUCGACCUGUUUGCCUCCCGGCUGAAAGCUCAGACCGCAAAUUCUGUACAGGGUCUUCUCAAAAUGUUGGCCGACCACAACGGACACAAUCCGGGUAACCCGUGGUGGCCCAACGCCAUGGUUCGCCCGCUCCUAAAACGAGCGCGGACCAUCUCGCUCGAGCACGCGGCCCGACCUGCUCUCGCUCCACAACGGACAGAUGCACCAUCCCGAAUGCAAUCCCUCCCAUUGGUAGCAUGGAGGAUUCAUCCUGAGAACACUCCAUCGGAGGACCCACAAGGCACAGCUGUUUUUGUGGGGUUGACACACCCCAGGGGCCAUGUCAAGGGGAUCCGUGUGGCUGAGAUUUACCCGUAUGAGAAGAUCUCUCAAUACGGCCCCUCUGGUAACUCCAGUGUGGCUCUGCUGCUUCUUCAAAACCCCAUCACCUUUGGCACGCACGUCACUCGUAUGACCUUCUCCCCGACAGUAUCCUGGGAUAGCUGCAAAGUGAUGGGUCUGCAGAUGCUACAACCUGGUGAGGUUCAAACUAACCCCAAUGCAUACCAAGUGAAAGUGCUGUUACCAUCAGACUGUGCCAAGGUACAUCCUGGGGUCAACCCAGCCAUGCAUUGCACGUUAAAGGAUAACUCUACCCAGCUGCCAGCUGGAGCUGUAGGUGAAGGUGCAGCCCUGCUGUGCCACAUGGAGGAAGAAGACAUGCCUUGGAGCCAGGUUGGUUUGGUGAGUGAGCCCUUUCCGGGAUCCCAGACAGUCUUUCUGUCCUCCUGCAUCAACUUUUAUGUGGACUGGAUAGAAGAAACAUCCAAAAAAGCCAGGCACCUGCUACAGCUGUCCCAUGGAAGUGUAAUAUGUAGGCCAAAUACCUGGCUGCUCCUCUUGAUUCUGUCUUUUCUGGGUGGAGCAGAGUUGGGUUGAAUGAAGGAGAGAACAAGAUGGCAAUUCCACACUUGGAACCUUCUUCAUGGAAUGCUCUCCCAGAACAUUCUUUUCAAUGUGGCCACGCCAAGAUUGGAUUAAAGGCUCACUCAGCAUCAGUGGCGGGUUGAGUGCAUCACUUUCCAUUCUGCAUGUGGCCCAGUCCUCAUCUACGCAGGCACUAUGGGGCUGCUCCACAUGAAACUGCCAAACGAAAGGCUCCCUCCAGCACUAACCAAUGGGGCUCAGCCUGGAUGAGCUUCAUGGACCUUUCUAGACAAUAUCAUCAACCAGAGGGCUGCACAGGGUGAGGUUGUCUAUCAUGAAGCCUGAGGGCAUUGCUUCAAUGAAUGAGCUGAUUAUAAUUAUGCUAAAUGAGAUGGAGACUGACAAAGGAGAUAAAGCUAAAUCCUGAGGAAGAUGGAAUAGAUAAAUGAACAAACAAACCAUGGCCCAAGUUCUAGAGAAUUUCCAUCCAUUUGCUGAAGACUUUGCAAAUAGCUAUUGACUGUGGCAAGGUUUUCCCAUUACUACUCUCAAGCAUGGGAUGUUCAUAGAACACAUAUCAGCAGUUGGGAAGUAUAUAAACGUGCACACUAACUUAUAAAUAAAGCUAUGUGCAAAUAAA